CAGCUCUGGAUGCAAGAGUAUUGUUCGAGCAAUUAAGCUUCCAUUUGUGGAAAGGAUACCGCCUUAUACUACAUGAAUCUUCCUACAGCAAACUCAGAAUGGGCCGCCAACGGAAAAAUUCCAAAAUGGUCAGAGAGCUCUAUAAGAUCUUUCUGUCUAGGAGAGUCGGUAGCUCGCAAGGUGCGUUACCCAAGUCUUGGUACGAAAGCUUUUCUCAUUGGUAUUUUGAUGGAAGGUACAAGUCUUACUGUCAAAUUUUUACGGGCUAAUGGAUUUACUCUUUCUAAAGUUCGGGAGGAAAUGAUAAGUUUGAUUGGACUGCCUAGUAUAUGGGAUACUAAAGUUGAAGCAGAAAUACCAGUAUCUGAAGAUGCACAGAAGGCGUUAGAUUUGGCUAUUGAGGAGAAGAUAAAAUUGGGGCAAAGCGAUGAGGUGACAAUUAGUCACAUGUUACAAGUCCGCUGGGCUCAAAAGGCUGCACGGGUCAACAAAUACUGGCUAAUUUUGGCUUUGAUGAACAGCAGGCCAAGGAACUUUCUCAGAUAAAUGAAAUGGUGAGAACAAAAUAAAAGCUCCUUUUCCCCUACAGUAUCCAUUUUGGGUCACAAGGAAUAGGAAGGUCUAUGCAUGCACAUUUUGGUUUGUAGUCUUGAUCUUGAGUAGAAUUCAACAUUCUUCCAAUAUUCACAGUUGCUGAUCCAAUUUGGAA